AUGGCUGAAAAGCAGCCCGCCGACAAUGCGGACCUCGAAUCCGCGCAACCCUCAACCGCAAACACAGACUCCGACACGCCCAAGAACGUCGACCCAAACCUCAUCGCAUGGGCGCCUUCCGACCCCGAGCAUCCGCGCAACUGGCCCCGGCCUACCAAGUGGAAAACCACACUGACCGUCUCCCUCUUCGUCUUCAUCUCCCCCAUCUCCAGCGCCAUGAUUGCCCCCGCGCUGGAGGACCUCGGCCGCAGCCUCGACAUGAAGGGCAACGUGGAGGUGUAUCUCUCCCUGGCGAUCUUUAUCCUCGCCUACGCCGUCGGGCCAAUCUUCUUCGGCCCCGCGAGCGAGCUGUACGGACGAGUGAGGAUACUGCAGAUCACGAACCUGUGGUACCUGGUGUGGAAUCUGGCGUGCGGGUUUGCAAACACCAAGGCCGAGCUGUUUGUCUUUCGCUUCCUCGCUGGCAUUGGCGGCAGCGCGCCCCUAGCCGUAGGCGGCGGCGCAGUGAGCGACAUGUGGAAGCCCGAGGAGCGCGGCAAGGCCAUGAGCACAUACACCAUGGGCCCGAUGCUGGGGCCCGUCAUCGGCCCCAUUGCCGGCGCCUUCAUCGCGCAGUACUCGACGUGGCGAUGGGUCUUUUAUUCCACCAGCAUCGCGGCGGCCGUCGUCCAGGCCCUCGGCUUCGUGUGGCUGCGCGAGUCGCACCCGCCGACCAUCCUCCGCCGGCGACGGGACCGCCUCGCCCGCGAGACGGGCAACCGGGACCUGUACACGGGCGAGAAGGAGGAGACGCUGGGCCGCACGCUGCUGCGCGCGGUGCAGCGCCCCGUCCGCAUGUUUGCCACGCAGCCCAUCGUCGCUUGCAUCGCCGUCUACAUGGCCUACCUCUUUGGCACGCUGUACCUCAUGUUUGCCACGUUCCCCGACAUCUGGACCAAGGUGUACGGCCAGUCCAAGGGGGUGGGGGGCCUCAACUACCUCUCCAUUGCUAUCGGGUGCUUUGUCGGCAUCUUCCUGCAGCUGAAGAUGGUGGACCGCGUGUACGGCGCCCUCAAGAGCAGGAACGGCGGCGUCGGACGGCCCGAGUUCCGCAUGCCCAGCUUGGCCAUUGGCUCUGUCGUCCUGACCGUCGGGCUGUUCUGGUACGGAUGGAGCAUCGGCCACGCGCAUUGGAUCAUGCCGGACAUUGGCGCGUUGCUCUGCAGCGUCGGUGUGAUUUGCUGCCUGCAGGGGAUGCAGAUGUACAUUGUGGACUGUUACCAGACGUACGCCGCGAGUGCCAUGGCCGCGUGCGCGGUUCUCAGGAGCUUGGCGGGCUUUGGGUUCCCCCUGUUUGCGCCGUACAUGUAUGAGGAGCUGGGGUACGGCUGGGGAACGAGCAUCCUGGCCUUUAUCAGUAUUGCCAUUGGGUGGGUGGCUCCGGUCAUAUUCUGGGUUUGGGGGCCUCGGUUGAGGGCCAUGUCCAAGUUUGCGUCUGGGUGA